AUGGGCAGCGCCAGCCCCGGCCUGAGCAGCAUGCCCCCUGGCCGCCUCCUUCUGCCCACCGACGCAGUGUUGCGGACAGGUCUAGAAAAGAUGGCCAUGGCAGGGGUGGGGCCCGAGAGACGGGACUGGAGCCCCAGUCCUCCUGCCACGCCUGAGCAGGGUCUGUCCGCCUUCUACCUCUCCUACUUUGACAUGCUGUACCCUGAGGAAGGCAGCUGGGUGGCCAAGGGCCCCGAGGCCAGUACUCAGGAAGAUCUGCCCAAGGAGCCUGAGCAAUGUCCAGUCAUCGACAGCCAGGCCCCAGGGGGCAGCCUGGACUUGGUGCCAGGUGGGCUGACCCUGGAGGAGCACUCACUGGAGCAGGUGCAGUCUAUGGUGGUAGGCGAGGUGCUCAAGGACAUCGAGACAGCCUGCAAGCUGCUCAACAUCACUGCAGACCCCAUGGACUGGAGCCCUGGCAACGUGCAAAAGUGGCUCUUGUGGACAGAACACCAGUACCGGCUGCCCCCUGUGGGCAAGGCCUUCCAGGAGCUGGGGGGCAAGGAGCUGUGCGCCAUGUCUGAGGAGCAGUUCCGCCAGCGCUCGCCCCUGGGCGGAGAUGUGCUGCACGCCCACUUGGACAUCUGGAAGUCAGCGGCCUGGAUGAAAGAGAGGACCUCACCUGGGGCGAUUCACUACUGUGCCUCGACCAGUGAGGAGAGCUGGACCGACAGCGAGGUGGACUCGUCCUGCCCUGGACAACCCAUCCACCUGUGGCAGUUCCUCAAAGAGCUGUUGCUCAAGCCUCACAGCUACGGCCGCUUCAUCCGGUGGCUCAACAAGGAAAAGGGCAUCUUCAAAAUCGAGGACUCGGCCCAGGUGGCACGGCUGUGGGGCAUCCGCAAGAACCGUCCCGCCAUGAACUACGACAAACUGAGCCGCUCCAUCCGCCAGUAUUACAAGAAGGGCAUCAUCCGGAAGCCGGACAUCUCCCAGCGCCUGGUCUACCAGUUUGUGCAUCCCAUCUGA